UGUAUGAACGAACUGGCUAAUCAUUAUGCUCCGAUACAUGCCAACGAGUUGGAGGCUACUGUCAGUUUGUGUUUCCGAUGUAUGGACGGAUCUAAUUACGCAGUGCGUUUGGAGGUCGCAAAGCUACUUGGAAACGUGUUGGCUCGGUCACAACAAUCUAUCCAUUCAACAUUCUCUGGACUUGGAUUAUCCGCCGCAGGUUUGAGCGGCUCUGCGUCCACCAGCACA